AUGAAUAGUAUCAUUAUGAAAUUAUCUAUUUUGUGGACUGUGUGCAUCGUAUUAAUUACGAGUGUUUUGAGCCAACAUUUAGAGCUAUUCCGUCAAACUCGAUUACUUUCUAGAAGUUUUUUUAGUAAAAGCGAAUACGAGACUAAAAUUCUCUGUGUUAGUGACAAUUCGAGUGAUGCAGUUGUUUUGAACGAGCCUUUUGACAGCAAUACUGUCAGAGAUAAGAAAUAUGAAGAAAUAUUUGAGCUUGAAAGUUAUUCUAAUAAAAAUGGUAACGAGUGUCAAAUUGAGAUGGAUUAUUCUAAAUGUUUAUCGGAAUGGAAAAACGAUUCAAAUUGGAAAAUUUUAUCGUCUUUAGAAGUUCCAAUGGGUCCAGUUUUUGACAAACGUUGGGAACGUUUUCAAGAGUAUGAAAAAGUUAUACACUUGGAUAAUGAUUUCAGUUUUGUAACAUCAGAACGAAAUAACGUUAAUUUUUUGUUUAACUCUAAUGAAAAUCAAAAUGCUCUGGUGGUAUCUAUUCGUGGGUCAUCUAAUGCGCAAUUUUUAUUGUGUAAAAGUCCAAAUUUUCGGAGUGAUUUUUGCUAUUGGCUUAUUAUUGGUGGCUGGAAUAACACCAUUACGGGAAUUAGAAAAUGCGAAAAUGGAAUUCCUGUAGAAAAGCCAGCUUCGGGAUCUAAUUGUAGUAUUUUACGGGCUUCUAAGGCAAAACAUUUUGCACUAGAUGCGCUCGAGUGGAGAACGUUUAUUAUUACAUGGAACACGGAAACUAAAACUGUAAAUUUAUAUGAUUCGGAAGAACUAGUAUUGUCUUAUUUUGACUCUGCAAAUACUUUGUUUAACAUAACUCGAGUUCUCUACGGAAAUCCAGAUCCUUUAACGCCAACAUUAUUCCGCUUUCACAAAUAUAAGUAUAUUUUAUCGAAAAAACCUGGCGCAACAUUAAUAAGUCCAUCACUGACAACUAAUUACGCCAAUGGAUUUUGCAUUGACAUUUUGAUUGGAUUGUGUCCAUAUUGUGAAUUGGUGGUUAAAUUAGUCGAUGGGAACAGCAGUAAGAAAAUAUCUAAAACAUUUUCAAGCUUACCUGAUGUUGAUGGUCAGAUUUUGAAACACGGACUUCCGGCAUGGCAGUACGCACGAUUUGAUGUUGCGGAUAUCAAAGAGUAUGAAUUGCCGUUGAUUGUUCAAAUUAGUACAAAGAUAGCGGGGACAGAAACUGGGCCAUAUCAUUGGGCUAUUGGAAAUAUUAAAGAGUGUCCUUUAAAAAAAUCAGUCCGUCAAUUAUUAUUGGUAAAUAAAAUAAACAAUGAACUUGAUGAGCCAAAUAUUGUUUGCCAAAAAUUUUCAUACAAUAGAUCUGAAGUAAUUGUAGUAAAAAGUCGCGCAAUGGCUUCUGAACCUCCAAGUAAUGCACAUUCAUGUAAGGAUUCACGCAUUGGAGUGCACUGCAAAAUUCCUUGUAGCCAAUAUUUUGGUGAAAAUUGUGCUAGGGUUUCAAAAUGUGAUCAAUUUGGCUGUUAUUGCUCUCAGGGAAGAUAUGGUUCAAAAUGUGACAACGAAUGUUCAAGUGGAAAUUAUGGCUACCAAUGCCAGAAAAAUUGCCAAAAUUGUAUUGGAUACGAUAGUUCUCGAUACUAUGACCAAAUAUGCAAUCCUUAUGAUGGAAAAUGCUAUAAAGGAUGUCGGGAAUUGUCAAUGUUCUUCGUCCCACCGUAUUGUAACGUCGGAAUAUCUCCAUUGAUUCCGACCAUUGAUUAUGUCAACGAAACGGCUGCUCGAGUGUCUCUGUCAGAAGUCGAAGUACAUGAAGACAUUGGACUGAUGAUAAUUUUUGAAAUAGAUCCGGCGUUGGGUAAACAAAAGGGAGAAAGUAUUUUGGCUACAGAAGAGCUUAUGAAUGAUACUAUGAAAAAAAAAUACUUUGCAACGUUUACAAAUUUAAUUUCCGGGGAAAAAUAUUUUGUAAAAACGUUAUACAAUAUUGAGCAUGAUAACCAACAUAAUUUAUUCGAAAGUUUGAAGGAAUCUUUUACAACUGCUUGUAAUUGGGAUAAAAAGUUUGAAAUUGAACCCAAUGCAACAAGCUUGAAUCUAAUAAGGAUACACGAAGAGAAAGAUUAUGUUUGCCCAGAUGAGUGGUACGAAGUAAAAGUUACGAUCAGGACUUACAAUAACGAAUCUGUGUCAAUAUCUUUAUAUCACAUACCCAAUACAUUUCCAAUGUUGAUUUCAAAUUUGAAUCCGUAUACGCAUUAUAAUGUGUGCGUAAGUAAUUUUGAUGUCGGUUUUUAUAACUGUCAAACAGUUUCAACUCUUGAAACAGAGCCGUCAAUAAUUCAAAAUUUACGAGUGAGGGAAAUAAACGCGCAUGAUGCUUUAAUCCAAUGGUCACCUCCUCUAAAACCCAAUGGAAUUUUGGAGGGUUAUCAAUUAAUGAUUAGUGUAAUGUAUUAUGACGGAUGCCAACGACAAAAUUUGAAGACGCCCGAAAAUUUAUUAAUGUCUCAUAUUUAUUUGAAUAUUUCUACUGAUGGAGCUUCAAUGUCAUAUCACAUUCAAAAUUUGACUUCGUUUGUGACCUAUAAAGUAAAAGUAAGGGCGUACAAUUCAAAAUUUGGAAUUGAAGAUAGUAUAAUAAUUACAACUGACGAACUUGAAAUUCCGACGGAAACUUUUGAUGACUUGAAACUGGAAAAUGAUACGAUUUUAUGGAAAUAUCCAAAAUAUUGUUCAAAAGUAACUGGAAGAAUAGACGGCGCACGAUUGUUUUUAACUGGUUUGAGUGAACAUGUUCAAAACUACAGCACGAAGGAAGAUGUUAGAGGAUAUUCAUUUAUGUUAUCGAAGGGAUACACUACCGGUGCUGAAAAGUAUCAAGUUAGAAUACACGUGGUUCAUAGGUUGUACGGAAUUCAAAAUGAAACUGCAUACAGUGAAUUAAUUUUUGUAACUAAUCCACGUCCUCCACCACAAGUUAAAGAUUUGGAAAUCAUAGAAGUUGAUCAGGAGAAGAAAACUUUUACAUUAAGAUGGCGCGAACCUAAGCCACCACAAAAUGGAGAAAUUUCUUAUUAUGGUGUUAAAAUUUUAUUAGGUUAUGCUGAUACAACCCAUAUAGUUUUGGUUUAUCCCAAUGAAACUUGCCAACUUUGGAGUGAUUUGAUUUGUAAAACAAUAGAUCAACCUUUUGGAGAAAGACAAUAUAUUCAGGUAACGGCUUAUAAUAAAGGAGUAGAAAAACCUGGUCAAACCGCCCAAAUUGAAUACCGUCGACAUGAAACAGCUCCAGAUGCGCCUAAGAUAAUUUCACAACAAGAGGUAGACAAUGGCGUAAUAGAACUACGUUGGAAGCAUCCUAACAAAACUGGCGGACCGUUGAAAAAAUUUUUGAUCAUUGUAAAAACACCACUAACGCUUUUGGGAAAUCAAUUGAUUCUUCUAAACAAAACUAAAGUCAUUGAAUAUCCUAUUUCUCAGUAUCAACUCGAAUACAGUACUCUUUUGUAUCUUCUUCCAUCAACACGCUAUAACAUAUCAAUAAAAGCAGCGACAAAUUUGAAGCAAAGCAAAGUAUCAAACGUAACUAUCUUUACAAAAUCUACUUUGGCAUUUGAGUUUGAGCCGUGGGUUAAAAAAAAUGACGAUGGUUUAACAUUCGAUCUUUUCAUUCCAACGAUUGUUAACAAUACUUAUGCUAGUUCGGUUUCUAUUAGUGUAAAAGGUGUUCCAGGGUGUGAAAACCCUAAAAAACCUCUAUUUAUGGUUAAAAAAAGUCUUGUCUUGGGGUAUAAUGAGACAGUAUGGGUUGCCGCGGCGUUUUCGGUAAGAUCAAGAAAUUAUUUUUCUUCAUUUUUCUUCAAUGUUUAA